GCUCUUUCCCCUCACGACGUCCCAGGCCCCUUACGACCCCUCUAAGGCAACACAAUCAUGAGCGCGCAGGAUUACUACGGCGGCGGGCACCAGCAGCAGCAGCAGGGCUACUAUCCUCCCCAAGGUCCCCCUCCCGGUCAGGGCGGCUAUUAUCCUCAGCAACCUCAGCAGUCCUACCAAGGCCCUGGCGGCUAUGGUCCGCCGCAAGGCUACCCCCAGCAGGGUGGUUAUCAGCCGCAACCUCCGCCACAAACCGUCUAUGUUCAAGGUCAGCCCCAGAAGGGUAGCGGUGGUGGUGGAGGCGGCUGCACGGCCUGCUUAGCCGGCAUGUGUCUGUGCUGUUGCGCGGAAGAACUCUGCGACUGUCUGUUCUAGUUUCCUCAUGGUCUCCGCUGGUCAUUCUCCUCUCUUCUGCGAUUCUCGACGAACACUGUAUGGCUGGACGAUGUCAGACUCACUGUAGCCUCUGUUCGGUGGAUUUGUGCCGCCUGUUACUGUCCAGCAGUGUAUCAAUAUUCCUCGGUUCUGUUUGAUACCGUAUAUACAUGCUGCCCUUUGGAAUUCUACGCUGUUUGAAGUCCUCCAACGUCCUG